AUGAGCACGAAUUCAGAAUCAAAAGCCCCAGAGGCUCCUCCGCAGAAGUUCUUCUGUUUAAGUCCCAGUGUUAGUUUGAUCCGAAAAACCAGAGACAAAACAGUGACCCAACAGGCGACUCUCGAACUCAUCGCAUUCAUUCACUUUCUCGUCGCCGAAAUCUUCUUAUCCACUGUUUGCGCAGAUGUGUAAAAGAUGAAACCCACCGGAAAACCCUAUACGCUUUUUUUUCAGAUUGUACAACAUUUACUUGAGUCCACCGAAGGAAAUACCGGAGCAAGUCUACCAUGAAUUCGUUUAUUUGCUGUUCUACCUAGGCGGAUAUUUUAUUCUCGCUUUACUACUCACUUUCAUCCUACUGUGUACUCAAAGAUUCUUCCGAUGUUUCGCUUUUCUGGCCGUCUGUUCCAUUUUCUCAUCUUACACUUUCAGCCCAAAACGUUCACUUUUCAGGGCGUGCAGCUCGUCCUACUCGUCAUCUACAUCUUCCAUUCUCCCUACGAAAUGUAUCCCAUGAAUAUCAGUGAAAAGUUUAAGAUGGCUUUCAGAUGUAUUCAAAACUCAAACAGUCGCAUUCACUCUUCACGUUUUUCCUUUCAGUUUCGUACAUUGCUCAAUCCGUUUUCGUCCCACUGCUUGUGCUCUGUUCGGCCUAUUGCGCUGUUGCUUUGUGCAGAAUGAGGCACGGAAAAAGAUGUGAAAGAACAAGUUGAUAAAAAUGUUAUCUUUCAGCUGUUUUAAAGCCGAAAAAGACGACAAGUAUGACGGGGACUCAUUUCUCACCGAAAUGUUCGUGAAACCGGGUUCGGAUGAAAACCUAACAUUUCUUGCGAAGAAAGUCUACGGCCGAACAAUCAAGGUAAGUUCGAGUGACUAGACUGAGUUCCUAAAAAAUCUGAAUACAGAGCACUAUUAUUUUCUUCUUUAUUUUCUAUGGCAUCGUCUAUAUAUUGCUAUUAUUUCCUCUUUGUCUUACUGAGUUCGUACGAGUCCUGAAAUCAGAAGUUUUUCUCAGUUUACAGUCUUCAACCAGAAGCCGACAAGGAGAAUUAUGUCAAAAUCCUUGUUUUGAUGGCAUACUCGGUCAGUUUUUGUUCUUUUUUUAAAUAGAAUCUAUAACUUAAUUCAGUUCAUUUUCUUUUGCGCUAGCCUCUUCCUGUUUUGCAGCACUUCCAAAAUGUUCUGUUUCUGCGCAUUACUGACGGUAAUGUUGUGUUAAGAGCAAUCGUCAGGUGUCUUCUGCAUUCCAGAUCCCUCAGAUGUUUAUCCUCCCUUUCUACUUUUUCAAUCCUUACUUUUACUACAUUUCCGGACCAAUUCAUGAGAAGGAGCACAUUAAAUUCAAAUGUAAGUGAUAUACUUCGAACCACUUUUACUUUGAAAUUUGGACAUCGACACACUUAUCAACGUCACCUGCUUGAUUUGCAUUCUCGUCAAUGUCUAUUGUGUCGCUUUCCAGUGCAAAGCUAGGUAGACUUCUACUUUUAAGUGAUUGUUACGCUUAAAUUUCAGCCGCAUUAAAGUGAUCAAAGAGUACGACGGUGAUGAUUUGUACGAAGUGAUCUACGGAUCAGAGGGCAGUUCCACCAGGAAGACUCCGCAGUGA